GGUUGUAACGCAAAAAAUUACUGUUGACUGCUGGCAGAGCCUGUCGACAUGAUCAGGUUUCAGGUUUGCUGCAGAGAGCUCUAUAACUGUCUUCCUCCUCAUUUUUUUCCAUCUGCAAAUCCCAAUUAGUCAUUGCAGUGAGAGACCCAUCCUUCUUUUUUCCUUCCUCAAGGGGAGCGAUUUUUUUCCUUUUUCUGGGGUCUCAUUGCUCUAAAAGAACUUUGCAAAAUUCCAAUUAGACCUCUUCAAAAGAGAGCGUUUUACACGUCUCACUCGGAGUCCAAAAAGUUCACCUUCCUCAGAACCCUUCAAAGAAGCUAUUCCCAAUUCCCAUCAGGUCAAGGUAAUAGGAAAGCCUAUGCUUACCUCUACCCAUACCUCUAUAUAGAUCUACCAUGGGGAUUUGCUUUUGUAUUAUUCAAUUUUUGGGUUUCUAGAUAGGUUUAAACGAUGAGUAGUGGUGGGGAAUCAUCCCAUAAUCGAACCCCCAGAGAAUUAAUAUGCCACGCCGGUGCUGGUGCUGCUGCAGGUGCUAUUGCGGCUACUGUCGUUUGCCCAUUGGAUGUGAUCAAGACAAGGUUGCAGGUCCAUGGCUUGCCCUCAACUUCCAAUUCAGGUCGCACAGGUAGCAUCAUUGUCACAAGUCUCAAGAACAUAAUUAGGAAUGAAGGUUUUAAGGGAUUGUAUCGAGGUCUCUCUCCAACAAUAAUAGCUCUACUUCCAAACUGGACUGUGUAUUUCACAGUUUAUGAGCAACUCAAAGGCAUCCUUCUUUCACAUGGGGAUGGAAAUAGCCAACUCACAAUUGGUGCAAACAUGGUAGCUGCCGCAGGUGCUGGGGCUGCCACAGCCAUCGCUACAAAUCCGUUGUGGGUAGUGAAAACCAGACUCCAAACACAAGGAAUGAGACCAGAUGUGGUUCCCUAUAAAAGCAUACUUUCUGCUUUUAGAAGGAUUAUACACGAGGAAGGCAUGCGAGGGUUGUAUAGUGGCAUUCUGCCUUCUUUGGCUGGGAUAAGUCAUGUUGCAAUUCAAUUUCCAGCAUAUGAAAAGAUUAAGUAUUAUGUGGCUAAAAAGGAUAAUACUUCUGUUGAUAAGCUAAGUGCUGGGGAUGUUGCAAUCGCUGCUUCAACAUCCAAAGUGAUUGCCUCUGUAAUGACUUAUCCUCACGAGGUUGUGCGAUCAAGGCUUCAAGAGCAAGGGCAAGUCAGAAAUUCUGAGGUCCAAUAUCGUGGGGUUGUUGAUUGUGUUAAGAAGGUGUUCCAAAAGGAAGGUUUUCCUGGAUUUUACCGGGGCUGUGCAACAAAUUUAAUGAGAACAACCCCAUCUGCUGUCAUUACAUUUACCUCUUACGAGAUGAUACAUAGGUUUCUAGACAGAGUUUUGCCUCCAGACAAGAAGCAUUCAGAAGCUCAACCAAAACCAGGCUAUCCCCAACAUCUGAUGGAAAACCAAGGAAACGGGAUGGGUAACAACAUUGUUUUGGGGCAAUCACAAACACAACCAAACAAGAGAACUACCUCUAUUCCUCUGGGAAACGAGGAGCAGCUAACUGCAGCACACUGAUUGACGUGUUCCUUUGGAAACUUACCGGGUGUUGAUUAUCCAUAAAACCUGAAAUGGAUAAUAAAAACGUGAAGGUGAAUAAGAGUUAUUAUUAUUAUUAUUUUUUUAAUUGAUUUCUAAUUUUGGUUUUGUAUUUUAUUUGGAAAGGCCAGCCAAAUGUAAUGUUUGAUGAAUAAAAUGCGAAAUUAUUUUUGCUCCUUAA